AAACCGCCGGUGUUCACUCCAACACGCCGGUUUCCGCCCACUGUGAAUGACGAACAGGUGGCGUCUCAAUUAGCAGUGUCUUUCGGUCAGCAUUUCGAUGACUUUGACGCGGAUACACCGAGAACAAAUGUUAGCGAAGACUUUUCUACGCUGGGCACUUGUCGAGGUAUUCCAUGCUGCUUUUGGUUCAUUGGGGGUAUUGAUGCAGAACGUUGGGAUAAGGCAAUGAGAGAAGAUAAUCACACGGAUGAGAUCCCGGGGAACCACUCGGCCCUUUUUGCACCUGUUAUACAGCCGACUAUGAGAGCUGGAGUGGAUGCUCUUUGUCUUGCAGCUUUGACGUUUUUGAGAAAAUAG